UUCUGUGAUUUUUGACGUCUUAUGCCAGACGGUGGUCAAUUAUUUUAUCAUUAUUUGUUCAAAAUUUUUAUUAAAAUAAGCGAACAAAAUGGUUUGCAAACUGUGUGGCCCUAAAUUGUCGCUAUGCGGCUUGGUUUUAAGUGUUUGGGGUGUAAUACAACUCACUCUAAUGGGCGUAUUCUAUCAUAUCAGAGCAGUUGCUCUUCUAGAAGAUCUUCCACUUGAGGAAGGACAUCACGACAUUGAUCAUUUUGUAGCUAAUGUUGAAUAUGGAUAUACUAUGAAUGCUCAAAACUGCUGGAUUGCUGCUUUACUGUACUUAGUCACGCUUGUUGUUUCUGGCCACCAAUUCUGGAUGAAUAACCGCUCUUCAGUGAGCAUGUAAUGUACACCAUGGAUGGUACACCAGUUAAAUAGUUUUCAUUCCAAUAUAUAUCCAUAUUUAUGUCAGUGGGACUCAAAUAUAACCCUCUGGCUGAACUUACUUAGCACAUUCCCUGUGGUAAAUUAAAAUCUUCUAGAAAAAUUAUUUUUCUUGCUAAUUAGGAAUGUAAAACUGUAUAUAGCACCUAUAGUAUAAAAAGUAGGUCAUUCAAAUUAUACCAAUAUUCUCAGGGAAUGUGAUAAUAGCAGUUGUUUAACUAACAUAGUAUUAUUGGAGUUAAUUUGGUGCAAUGUACAUUUGUGUAUUUAAAUUUAUUUAUUAAACAUGGUCACACUUUAAAUGUGAAAAUAAUUAAUGAUUGUUAGAGAAAAAAUGGAAUAUGCACAUACUUGUAAUUUUUCAUAAGUUAAAGUAUUAGUUUUUUGAAAUAGUGUCUAUGAAUUACUGUACAUAAAAUAUCUAUUUAAUUGUAGGUAAAAUUUAAAUCACGCUUUCUUGAAAUAAAGGAUUUAAUGUUGUAA